ACGCAACCACAUCAACUUAGCAAGUGUCACGGUCACUCUCGCGAGAGAAAGCCAGCCGCGCGCGGACGGCCGGCGGGGUGCGUGCUGGAGAUGGCGGCGGCCGUGCCGUGGGCGCUUGCCACCGUGAGGAGGUCGCUGCAGGAGGGCGCCGCCAGCGUGGCGUCGUACGCGCAGCGAGCCCCUCACCCGCAGCAGCAGGGGGCUGCGGCGCGGUCCGAGGCGGCCACGGUGAGGUCGGUCGAGACGCUGGUGGUGAUCGUGGCGGCGAUCGUGCUCGCCGCGGUGCUGGCGGGCGUCCUCGCGCGGGUGUGCGGCGGGCGGUACGUCGUGCCCAGCGGGGACGACCGCGACGUCGAGGGAUGGGUCGAGAGGCGGUGCCGGAGCUGCCUCGACAGCGGGCUGCCGCCACCGCCGGCGCCGGGGUCGUCAAAGACGAGUGAGGCCAAAUAGUGCUCUGUGCAUUGUGUAUUUGUGUUACUGCAGUAGCAGUAUAGUAAUACUAGCAUCUGUGUAGUUAAAACAGCUGGACAUCUAGCCGCUACCUAGUAUGUACACGAGAUUAGAAGAUCAGGAUUAACCCUCUUUGUAAUAUUUUUGUACUGAUAGGAUGGAUUAGUAGCCCAGGCAAACGGCCGAAAACUGAA